CUUGCCCAUUGCAUCAUCGCGCUACUAGUAACUUCAAGUAAGGCGGUAAAAAUCCUCCAACUGGUGAGCGAUUCCAUCCAUUCCUCACUGCUCUAGCCGGGGCUGAUAAGCGACUGCGCAUUCCAGAACGUCAAGCAUUUGUCAAACCAGUUCAGUCUCUACUCGAUUUAAGCUAUCGAUUACAACUCCGAGUCCUCGUUGUCCUUCCUCUUGUCAACCCUUUCCUUCGUCCCCACAUCUCGCGACUAGAAAUCGCCCAAGACGCUCCCGAUCUAGUCGUCACCAUUUCUUUCCUCGCACGCUUCUUCUAUCGCGCUCCCAGCCCCGGCACCAUGUCUGCAGCAAAGACCAAGGCACAGGGCAUCAUUGACAACAACCCUGUUGCCGUCUUCUCGAAGAGCUACUGCCCGUACUGUAGAGCAACCAAGCAGACGCUCAGCGAGCUGGGCGUCAGUCCGUAUGUGAUUGAGCUCGACCAAGUCGAUGACGGCGCUGCGAUUCAAGACGCGCUCGAGGAAAUGACCGGCCAGCGCUCUGUACCCAACAUCUUCAUCAAUCGCGCACAUAUUGGUGGCAACAGUGAUCUGCAGGCGAAGAAGUCGCAGCUUCCAGCCCUUCUUAAGGAAGCCGGUGCUCUGUAAAUGGCGGAGCUUCUCCGUUGCGGUCAAGAUAUCAGUGAUCCGAAUCCAGAUUCUUCUUUUACUGCAAUCGACAAGGAAACUUGAUGUGCCCCGUGGGUGAUCGACAAUGUUCUCGUCCCAGUGUCGCAAAUUUGGUCCGUCACACAUGCACUCGGACGGACCUGACGGUUGCGCACCUUGUAUGAAACGCAAAAUGAAAUCGCUCCCUAGAAUCUUCCCGCCAUGGACCUUGUUCUCUGUCACAACAGUGUAGCGAGCUAAGAACCAGAGAUGCGGUAAAUAGGCAUUGUCCAAACCGCACACUAACCAUAUACUGCUUCCCUCCUGCCUAGCUCAAUCACGACUUGCAGAUUGCUCCCCAGAGCAGAGUCCCUAUCAUGGUUCGUGCUGUUACACUUUCCUCUAUAUAGGUCAGCUGCUUGCCCCAAC